CUCAAUUAAUAUAUCUGAGCUACACAAUAUAUUGUAAUUUUUUGAAACUUAUAUUACGCCUUACAAUUAUGGUCAAUCUAUGGUCUAAAGAUUGAUAUCUUUAUGAUUUUUCAAAGAUAAUUCCAUCCAUUAAUUUUUCUAUAUACCCUACCCACCCGACCAAGUUGAAACAGAAACCCCACCCACUUAAUAAAAAAAAACCUAACUCAUUUCUCCCUUCAUUCAAAUCACCCCACUGAAAUUAGGGGAAAGAACCCAAAAACUCAGCUAGGGUUCCGGCGAGCUCCAAUUGGUCUCGAAAAUCUCAGUGGAUUGAAGGAGGGUAGCAGGGGCGACUCAUGGACCCUGCAGCUGUUGAUAGGAUUAUUGAGAAGCUAUUGGAAGUUCGAUCAUCGAAGCCUGGCAAGUUGGUGCAGCUUUCCGAGUCUGAAAUCAAGCAACUAUGUGUUGCCUCUAGGGAUAUCUUUGUCAAACAGCCAAAUCUCCUUGAACUUGACGCACCCAUCAAAAUUUGUGGUGACAUUCAUGGGCAGUACAGUGAUCUGUUGAGGCUUUUUGAAUAUGGUGGUUUUCCUCCGAAGGCUAACUACUUAUUUUUAGGUGAUUAUGUAGAUCGUGGGAGGCAGAGCUUAGAAACAAUAUGCCUCUUGCUUGCCUAUAAGAUUAAGUAUCCUGAGAACUUUUUCCUGCUUAGAGGAAACCAUGAGUGUGCUUCUAUAAAUAGGAUAUAUGGGUUCUAUGACGAGUGUAAGCGCCGGUUCAACGUGAAACUAUGGAAGUCCUUUACAGACUGUUUUAAUUGUCUUCCUGUGGCAGCACUUAUCGAUGAGAAGAUAUUAUGCAUGCAUGGGGGUCUCUCCCCUGAUCUUUCUAGCUUGGAUCAGAUUCGAAACUUACCACGUCCAACUGCCAUCCCAGACACUGGUUUGCUUUGCGAUUUACUUUGGUCGGAUCCUGGUAAAGAUGUGAAUGGGUGGGGGAUGAACGAUAGAGGAGUUUCAUAUACCUUUGGCCCUGAUAAAGUUUCCGAGUUCUUGACAAAGCAUGACUUGGACCUUGUAUGUCGUGCCCAUCAGGUCGUGGAGGAUGGUUAUGAAUUCUUUGCUGAGAGGCAGCUUGUCACCAUUUUUUCAGCACCCAACUACUGUGGAGAGUUUGACAAUGCUGGCGCUAUGAUGAGUGUUGAUGAAAACUUGAUGUGCUCUUUCCAGAUUCUUAAGCCAGCUGAGAAGAAAAAUAAGUUUAUGAUGUGAGAAGAUGCUGAGGAGGUCACCUUCUUCCCUGUCGUUGGCAUAUAACGGGUGCUGAGUUGAAUAAAAAUCGUCCCUCUUGUUUACUAUUAUUAUUACUCGAUGAUGCCAUGUUCUUAGUGAUGUGGGAGGAUGUACCUGUUAUAAUCCAUCUCAGCAACAUCUGUAUUUCAGGAGUUUCACGAUAAACCAUACUUGGAGGUUUUCAGUAUAUUUUUGGGAGGAAAUCUUUUCGAAACUCGAAGGAUGUUCGGAUUAUAAUUAGAGUUUUCAUGGUAAAAAUGUAUGACGUUGCCCAGUUUGGAGGAUUGCAAAUUGUUUCGACAAUGUAUGGAUGGUGAACUUUACAUGUAGCAAGUAUUCAAAUUUUGUACCA